UACCGCAACAAUUAAAAAAAGGAACAGACAAAUAUCAAUGAAACUUACAAUAAAAACAAAAUUAUGGCAAAAACUUUAAUAAUUAUUAAAAAUCCCACUGAAUAUAAAAUUAAGAAAAGUGUAAAUGAAAUGGAGACGACCAGACCCACCACAGUGAACAUAAUGACACAAACGAAUAAAUUUAAUAAUAGAAAAAUUUGCCAAAGCAAAACAGAUUCUUUAAAUGAAAAUAGAUGGAGAAUAACAGCAUGUCGGACGCCAUAUAGGAAUAAACGCAAUAGAUAUGCUCCUACCACCACCAGCACUACAAACAGCCACCCUCACAACAACAGCAAUAUCAUCUGUAGCAUCAAUCGCGUGAGACACCAAAAGUCCUUUCGUUUAAAGAAACAUCAUUUGUGGCUGAUGUUGUGGUUGCUGUUGACACUAAUACACAAUGUAGAAUCAUUAGAACUGACAACAGCACACACAUCUUCAUCUACCAUGCGAUAUAGUCAACUUUUAAGCACAAAUGGCCAGAUGACCAUGAAUGACAAUGCAAAAAGCAUGGACGACGACGACGACACAUUUCGUCCGUUUGUGCCCAAAGAUCCAGAAUUAAUAUCGCGUAAUGUGUUUACGCCAUCUGGACAAUUUCGUGUCUUUCAACCCAUUGACACAGAUUUAAGAGCAGCCGUAACAAUGCGAAGCAAAAGUCAACAUUAUGGAAGAAAUAAAAUGUCAGAGCCAUUAAACACAUCUUCAUCCUCAGCAACAAAACAAACAUCCUCGGUGUAUGACACACAACAAAUGACUGGAAACCAUAAAAUUAGUAAUGCCAAUGUUAGAGCACAUGUCGAUGGAGUAGUCUACCAAAUAGAUUCCAGCAAUUUAUCAUCAAUGAAACAUCAACAACAACAACCAGAACAACAUAAAACGUUGAGGAAAACACAUGAGAUUAAACAUAAACACGAACAACAUAACAAACAAUCCAUGACUGCGGUUAAUGUUCAACGAAAUGAAAUUUCCAAACAAGAUGACUUGACAUCAGAUUUGAAAAGUCUCGAAGAUUUAUUAGUGGAUUAUGUAACGAACUUUUUUGAAAAAGGUCAAUACGAACCAAUGCCUGGUCUUCUGGUAGAACUGCAAAACAAUCAAAGUCAACCACAGCAAAACGCACAGGCGGCAGCCUACAAGACACGUAAUGUGAGGCAAACAUUGGCCACAGAUGCUAAGGUUAGAAUUGAUUUACCACGAACCAUGGCGACAGGACGUUUAUUAUUUUUAACAGGUCUUAAAAAAGUUUUAUGGCCUGUAUUUAUGGGCUUACAAGUUUUGAAAUCGCUGCUUAUUGCCAUGUUUAUACCGGCCAUUAUUGGUUCGUUUACAAAAUUGCUGGGUAAAGGCAUUUCAACCGGCUCUGCUCCCCUAUUUAUACGUCCCAUGGAGGCGCCACAAGAACUGGAUUUCCGUGAUAAUAGUAUUAACUUUGAUGAUGACAGCAAGUUCCUAGUUACUGAUGAGGGUAUAAAAAAUAAUAUGCCUUAUGCCUACAAUCAACCGGAUGCCUCACAAAUGCACAACGAGUAUGUCUUCGAUCCAUCCUCGGCAAAUAAUCAAUUGUCCUACACCCGUUUGGGCAUGAAUGAGCGGCAACAUCAACUAAUGCAAGACUCUUACAUGAGUGCUUUGCAGAGUAUAGGAUCAGCUUCAUUUAAAAACUCCGGAUCUUUGUCGAGUGGUUCUUCGGGACUAGUGGCGCCUAUGGCUAAACGACCACCACCAGCGGCCAAUGUGAAUACAUUCCAACAAUUCCAAAAAGUACCCGACUCCUCACUGCUACUCUCCAAUUACGAUCCUUUCUAUAGUCCUUUACUGUCACGUCUGGACUCGGUAUUUGCCCAAUUAAAAAUAAAUUCAGACAAAGAAAUGUGCCGAGAAAAGUUGAUUUGUUUGAUGUAUGCAAAUCCAGCGAAAUAUGCACCAUACAGUAAUUUAGUGUCGGCCCAAUUGAGUCGGGAACUGAAUGAACUGCGCAAACCCACUUCAGAUAAUCCCGAUAUACUACGAUUUUUUAAAUACAUGCGUGCGGCCAAGGAUGGGCAGGAUGGAGUUGAUUGUGAACAAACCUUUGAUAAAUGUACAGAAUUUAAGGAUUUCGAAAAUCCUGCAAUGGUCUCCACUUAUCAUGAUAUCAACAAAUUGGUGCAAGCGAGAAAAUUUACAAACAAAUAAAAUACAAUCAAUAAAAGGUUACAAAAAAGGAAGCUUUAAUGGAUUCAUAGUAAAAUAAAUAACAUAGUUAACCCAAAUGGAGGAAAUAUUUGGCUUACAAAUAUACUUUUUAACUUAUAAAAAUUUAUGAUUGAUGUAUGAUAUGUACUUUAUUUAUUUAUUCAUAUAUUUUUUAAAUUUUUCCUUUUUUUAUUAGCAAGAAAAAAUUAUGAAAAGUCAACGAACGUUAACAACAACAAAAUAACAGCCAUAGUUUCAAAUAUAUUGUAUUUUAUUAGUUUUACUUUUUAUUUAUUUAUUAUUUAUUUACUUUAUUAUUCAACUAUUUAUUUAACUAUUAACGUAUGCAUUAAUUUACUUAAAUAUUAUAACUGUUUGCCUGUUCAAUGAUAUGAAAAAUUUCCUUAAACCCUCCAACGACCAAAUUAUACUAAACGAAACAAAGGUUUUAAAAACUCAGAUUUAAACAACAAACAUUAAUUUACAACAUUUUAGACACUGAUUGAAUUUUUAAAUUUAUUCAUCCAAAAUAGCUAAUAAAUCUACGAAAAAGGUUAAAGGUAAAUUUUGAUUAUUAUUUGCAUCAAACUACUUGCAGAUUUAAAAGAGUUCGUAGUGAACAUUUUCGCAAUAUUCAUAGACAUUUCUUUAGAAAAUUUCAUCCAUAUUGAUGAAUUUUUCUUUAAAAA